UCAAGCAUAAAAUGUUGCACACGUAUAUGUAUUAAUUAACAAACAAUUUAUUCCGGCAAGUUGCGAAAAGUCUGCAAUUGUCGAAGUAUAAUUAUAAUUUCUAUAGCGGUUUGAAGCUUGGUAGCUUUAGUUCUUUAAUAAGAGAACUUGUUUAAGAUUGAUAACAUUUAUGUGCCUCUGUGAUAUUAACAAUCGAUUAACAAUCGUGAUGUAAAUAUUGAUUGCUGAUCGCAAAUAAAGUUGCAUAAUUCGUUUCACAGAAGAUCAUACUCGAUCCGCGCAGCGCGGUUAACUUCAGUAGGGUUCCCACUACUUAGUGCUGUUUCAUUAUUGCAUGUUUUAUAAUCCAUCGGUCAUAUACAUGGUGGACAAACAUAUGUCAAUAGAAGAAAGAGAUGAAGAUCUGAGAAAGACAUAAUUAGAUGCCUCUACACUGACAGCUAUAGAAAUUGCUAUAUUGUUACUGUAUAUAUAGUCUAUCAACCUAAUUCUUGAAAAUUUCUGAAUUUUGCAAGAGACCUCUACUUUAUGCAAGAUGUAUGAAGCAUCCAAAAUAAAAUAUCACUGGGUAUACACGUUCGAUGUUACGAACGUCAUAAUGGUCAUGCGCGUUGUUCGUAGCCACAUAGUGAGCUCUGCCAAUCAAAGUUGAUAUGCGCAAAGCGAACAGAAACUUGGUCAAUCAUAAAUGUGAACUCCAACUGAAUAAAUAAUAGAAUUUGAGAAAAUAAAGCUCAAGUUAGAGCGUAGCGGGCGCGCAAUAGUUGGCUACACUGUAAGUUCGAUAUCUCGAUCAACGAGAGAGAAGGAAGUAUCCAUCUACACAUCCAUCCAUCGUACAGAGCCCCGUUGCAAGUCGGGAAACCGAACAUGUACGUACGUCGUAUAAGCGACGUAGAGCGUUGAAUGUGUCGAUUACGUUUUGGGGUUGGUUUGCACUUUUCGCGGUUGUAUGUGCGCGCAGCAAUGUCGCGUGGUUAGUUAUUAAGGUGUUUGCGAAGCCUUCGAGUGUACAGUGGCCGAGUGUUAAAAGCCGAGGUGAAAAGAGAAACUUAUCCUUUUCUUGGGACGCUCGCCAAUUGUGGAACUGCACGACUAUCGCGGCGUCGUUGUAAUAAACAGUCAGAUGAACUGUAAGUUCACACAGUGUAUCUGUGUGUGAAACAUCCAAUCACGGAAUUCGCGGGCUAAGAUGCCCGACGUGGCUCUCGUGGAUAACAUCGGCAUCGAGAUCAGGAUUAACGAAGCGGUGCACGACGAGGGGAGCGACGCUCGCUCCUGGUUUCCCGCGAAUACACCUCCGAUACCAUUUUUAUGUCUGCCCGCGCAUAUGGGUGAACGAUUUCUUGUAUUUUGAAAUAUCAAACAGUGUUUGCGAAUUCACUAACAAUUUCGGAAAAAUAUCGCAUUCGAUAUAGCAAAAAUGGUUGCUACUCAAGAUAAUUCAACGUAAAAGCAACCACAAUUUAUUGCCGCACUAUUUUUUUUUUUUUCAUGUGCUCGUAACGGAGCAUGUUGUGCGCAAGAUUUUCAGGCGAAUGUUUAUGGUGCAAUUCAUAGAUCUGGAAGGACGUAUUAAUUAAGGCUCAGUAAAUGUUUUCUUUAGGAGAUUUAAUAAUAAUACAUUAAUUGAUAAUAAUAAUAUAUGUGUAUAAAGAAGCUAAAGUAAUCAAUUAAAACCACUUGUUGUUGCUGUGUACCAUGACUGUACUUCGAUGAAUACAAUAAUUCUUUGUAUCAUUAUGUGUAUCAGUGCAGCUAACGUUUGAGGUGCUGAAGGACAGAAAAGAUUUUCUAUUCGAUUUCAAUGCUGAUUUUGUGAAAGAACAUAGCUAAAGUACAUUUCUAAGAUGUGCGAACAAACAGAAAUUAGUUACUUGGACGGAGACGUUGUGUGGGUAAAGCUAGGGGCUUGUUGGUGGCCAGGACAAGUUACUGGAUUUCAUAAUUUACCUGAAGAUAUUCAAGACGAAUUUCAGAAAAAACCUUUAAUAGCCGCUGUAAAGUUCUUUCAAGAAGACACGUACGAAUUUGUGAAGAACUAUCAGCAGAUUUAUAAAUAUAAUUGUACUUUAAAAGAUGAUUUCAUCAAGAAAGGACUGGAUAAAUAUCGAAGCAAAAGUAAGGAUGGCUCCAGGUAUAUGGAUAAAUUUCCUGGAGACGUGGAAAUGGCUGAGAAGUUAACGGGAGGUGAUCCUGAUAUAUUAAGUCAUGAUAAAUUUUGUCCAGAAGAGAAACCGAAUAUAUCUGCUCUAUUCGGGGAUAAGAAAAUUCCUAAAAGAAAACGGGAACGUGAAGAUGUUCAUAGAAGAAGUGACAGCAUGGAAGUUGUACGAAAAAUAACUCACCCUCGAUUUUUAAAAGAAAGCGAUCACGAAAUUCGAAUUCGACAGCAACCUAGUAGUUUAUCGUCUACACCGAAUAACUCUGGUUCUCCGCAAUAUCCUUGUCACUUAUGUAGUUUUACUUCUUCUCGCGUUAAUGUUAUUAUUUGUCACAUAAAAAGUCAUAGGUCUGGAGAUUCGCCGCAGACAAAAUCAAAAGUAAAAACUUACUCUCAAUAUAGAGGGGGAUAUUCGGACGUGGAUACUCCUAAACGAAAAUAUGCGAGAAAAGAAAAAAGUCAAUCCACUAAAAGUAGGAGUAGCAGUGAAUCUGGUAAAAGAAAACAAAGUAAACAGACUGAAAAGGCCGCUAAGAAGAAGAAGACGGAUCCUCAAAUUCGCGAUACUAUAUUAGCAGAUUGGGAAGACGAAUCGGAGGAAGAAAUUAGUUUAAUUCAAAAUAAAUCAUCUGAUUUAACAACUGUGAAUAACUCAUCGACAAAAAUUCAGUUUGAUGAUGAAAAACCAGAGGAAUCUAAUGAGAAGGAUGAUACAAUGUCAGAUAACAAUGAAAUUAUUGCAGAAAGUGAAAAAUUACUUGAAGAAACUGAAAAGCUGACAGCACUUAGUGUAAUAGACGAUUCUUUGAUUAAUAGAAGUUCAUUGAAUAUGAAAUCAAAUCUUGAUAAACAAUUAGAAACAGACAAGGGUGAUAGAAUAUUUGACGUUGAGAGUAACGACUCUAUUAGUAAGUCACCUAAAGAUAAAGAAACUGUUACAGCCGACAACGAUAAUAAACUUAAUACAUUAGACAAAGAUGACAAAAAAUCAUUAUUAUCUUGUUUUGAUUUUCAUGAAGAAGAAAUAUCUAUACCUCCCGUAAGGAAAAAAGCACGCGUAUUUAAUCAAAAAAAAGAAAUCAUAAAAGAAUUCGAAAUGAGCCAAGCUUUAAAAACAGAGCAAGAGAAACAAACUGUAAGUGACAAUAUCGAAAGCGAGGAUUGUAAUAGUAGCUCAAAAGAAAGCGAAAAGUUAGAAACGCAAGUUUUAAAUGAACAAGAAAAGUCGGAAGAAAAUAAUGAAGUUGUAGAUAAAGAUAAAGAAACGAAUGACGAACAUACAAAAGAAAAAAUUGAAUCUGAAAAAGUAUCAGGAGAUACGCAAAAGUCUAAUACUAACACUUGUGAAACGGAAUUAGAAAUUGUAGAAAUUUUCGAAGUUGAAAAAGUUGAAGUUCCAAACGAAAAUGCAGCGAACGAUUCUAAAAAUUCGGAGCCACAAGAUAUUGACGCGAAAGAUGUUGCCAAAAAAAUAGUAAAAAGUGAUGAAUUAAAUAAAGAAAAUAAAUCGACUGAUCAACAAACAGAAUCUACAGAUACAACUGUUGAUAAGAAUGCAGAAGCUGUGGAACAAAAAUCUUCGAAAGACGAAGAAAGUUUGCCUGAACGAUUUACGGUAGAAACGGAAGACGAAAAUGCUUCUGAAUCUGCCGAUACACUUCCAGAACAGAGUGAAACUUCAGAUACAGAUAUGUUAGAUCAAGACCAAGUGCCUAAUUCAGAUGCUACGAAUAUAUUAAGUAACGAUCAGUUAAAUAUUACUUCACAAGUGCGUAGGCGUAGAGGAAGACCAAGAAAAUCAGAAUCUAUUCGUACCAACUCCAGUGGGAACACUAGUGGAAAUGAAAGUCCAAGAAUAAAAGAUAAGAUAAUCACUUCCGAACUGUUUGAAAAAUUUGAACUGGAAAGAAGAGCUUCUGAAUCUGACAGUGAACGUUCAUACAGCGGUAGAAAACGGAAACCGAAUAAAAAGUAUAUAGAAUCAGAUAUAUAUGUAUCGGACGUGGAUCAAAAAGUAUAUAGGACUGACGAAAGUCAAUCUGAAAGUGAGGAUAAAAGUUGUAAAAAUGUGAAAGUUAAAUCAAAGAGGGGUAAAAAAGUUAUAGACAAUGACAAGAAAACGAGCGAGAAUAUUGAUUUUGUACCAGAAAAAGAGCCAGAUAUUCCUUGUAAUAUAUUAGAUACAACAGAGAAUAAUGUUAAUUCAUCGAGCACAGAACUGAAGGAUGAUCUGACUGAAAGCAGUGCAUCCAAGAACCAAAUAUUUAUGGACUUGGACACAAAACUUACGGAAAAUUCAACUCCCACUGGGGUUUCUGAAAGUUUAGAAGUAUCUUCAGAAGAAACAAGUGUGUCAAAAGAAUCUGGUGCAUCUGUUCUUCCAGAGGACACACAAACUAAGGAAGUAGAAGCUGCUAUUAAAACCGAAGAUACAGUACUUGAACUCGAAGAAGUAAAGGACAAUAAAAUGGAAAUUGAAAAUACAAUAACACAAAGUAAUCUUCUCGUAGAAGAUCUAAACGAUUUUAGUACGCAACCUUUGGAGACAUGUAAAUUAGAACCUUCACCGGAGAAGGAAAUAUCUCAGCAAUCAGAUCCUUUAAAAACUGUUGACAUGCUUCCUCCUAAAAAGUCUCAGAUAAAAAAGUUCGAGUUAUCACAAAUAGAUUCGAUUGAGACCGACAGUUCUGCCAAUAAAGUUUCUGUGACUUCUGAAUUAAAUAUUAAAAAAGAAAAUUUAGAAGAUUCAAGUACUGUGUUAAUUGAAACUAAGGCAGAUCCAGAAGUGGAUACAUUUUUAAGCCAGACAGUGAAUCUUGCUUCGGUUAAACUUGAAACAGAUACGAACACCGGGGAAACGGUUAAAGAUACGAAUAAAAAACCAGAAGGAAGUAAGGUACAAGUUAAAGUUGAGGGAGGUAGCGUACAAGCUAAAGAAGAGGGGAGUAAGAAACAAGCUAAAGAGGAAGGAAGCAAGGUACAAAUUAAAGAAGAGAGCAAGGUACAAGUUAAAGAAGAGAGCAAAAUACAAGUUAAAGAAGAGAGUAAUGUACAAGUCAAAGAAGAAGUGAGCAAGGUACAAGUUAAAGAAGAAGGAGGCAAGGCUCAAGCUAAAGAAGUGAGCAAGGUACAAAUUAAAGAAGAAGUGAGUAAAGUACAAGUUAAAGAAGAAGGAAGCAAGAUACAAGCUAAAGAAGAAGGAAGUAAAAAACAAGGUAAAGAGGAAGGAAGCAAGGUACAAGCUAAAGAAGGGAACAAGAUACAAGUUAAGGAAGAAGUGAGUAAGAUUCAAGGUAAAGAGGAAAACAAGGUAAAAGUUAAAGAAGAAGGAGGCAAGAUACAAAGUAAAGAAGGUGGGAGUAAAAUACAAGUUAAAGAAGAGGGAAGCAAGAUACCAACUAAAGAAGGAUGGAGCAAAAUGCAAACUAAAGAAGGAGGCAGUAAGAUACAAAUUAAAGAAGAACCUGUAGCAAUAAGUCAAGGAGUGUCUCAAACGGAAACAAAACCGAUUAUAAAGGAACAAAAACCUAAAGUAGAAAAAGUUGAUCAAACAUUUAAAGAGUUCACUACUACAAGCGAGCAGCCAACUCAAAAUAAAACAUCCACGCACACAAGAUACAGAGGAAGGUAUGUACAAGAAACGAGUAGUAAAUUGAAAAAGGAAAGGAUUGCUGACGAUAAAUCAGUAAAUACAUUCCAAGAAGCUUUCUUGAAAACGUUGCAUAUGGAUAAGAGGAAAGGUGCGGCGGAAGAUUUUGCUGCGACCGAGAAAGGGAAAAAGGGUAGGAAAUUGGGGAAGAAAAAAUCUGAAGAUGAGAAAUCUGAAAAUAAGAAAGCUGAAGAUUCAAAAUUAGAUAGUUUGUCUCAAAAUAAUUCACAGGUCACUGUUAUGAGUAAUUUUGAAGACAUAGAAGUAGUAGUUGAUCAAAAUAUAAUUGGCACAAAAAUAGAUGAUACUACGUUUCAAAAUAUCGAUCGACUUACAUCUUCAUCUGAGUUUAAUAUUAUAUCUAAAUCAUUAAUACAAUCUGUCGAAGAUAAUUCUAAGUCCAUCAACAUAGAUAUACAAAAGUCAGAUGAUUCGUCAAGAAUGUCAACUUCUACGCCUUCGCCAUCAUCUGACGUUGCCGUGCCAGUAAAAAAGCGUGAAAUGCCAAGAAUAAUUGAAAAUGUUACCUUAACUGAACCUGUGCAGAUUUUAAAAUCAAAAUUAUUAGAUAAAUUACCACAGAAGGGAGUCAAACAUAAAUUAGAAACCGACAAUACGAAGAAAGGUGAUCUGAAAGGUUCUCCAAAAGCAAAAGUAAUGAAAAUCGAAUCUUUAUCUCCAAAUACUAAACCGAAGGCAAGUGCGAAAGUUACAUCUCCACAUUUGUCUUUAACUAAAAAAUUACAGGUCUUGAAAGCAGAGGAAGCAGAGACAACUACAAUGAUAGAAGCACAAAAUGAACAGUUAAAUGUAAAAACCCCAAAAUCUGCCACAACUGCAAGUGAGAAAUAUAUUCAGCAAAGUUCUCAAAGUUUGGCAGACAUGGAAUUAGACAUAAACUCAAUGCCAUUCGUUUUGAGCGAAGACGUUCUAACUCCAGAAAGUAUCGAACAAAUGCCAGUUGUUAUAUCGUCUAUUAUACCUGCAUCUAGUACAAUUUCAACGACAUUGUCUUUUACGCCAACCACGCAAAUAGUAACGCCGACUCAGGCUCAAUUCAAAUUGAGCGAAAACACAGGUGAAACCUCGCCUACGAAGAAGAAGAGUGGCACCCCGGCGAUUCUGAAAAAUAAAAAUAAAGGGAAGCCAACAAUAACGAGUAUUAAAACAUUAGUGCCACCGCUUACGGGUGGUGUAAAAGGUAUCAAAUUCCAAAGUACAUCAGCGACGACUAAAGUUCCACCGCUUUUGACGCAAAAGAGUACACCAGGGAAGUACGUGGUUGUACAGACCGCUGGUGGACAACAAAUUCGAUAUAGUGUUCAAGGGAAAGGUGGUACGGCACCAAAGAUUGCUAUUCCAACUGGUAAAAGCACAAGUAGCACUGCACAAGUAGUAGGUGGCAAAGUAGUCAUAUUAACGUCGGCCCAAUCAGGUCAGUCCAAGAUGUUACCUUUAAAUAUUACCAAGACCUUAAGUGGCAAAGUUCAAAGAAUCAUGACAAAUAAAGGCCAAGUAUUUUGUCCCAUUAGUCCACAAGGUAUUAUAUCUCCGAAAACAAUAAUUGCUCCAAAAACUGAUAGUACUUCGGCAACGACAUCGAAAAUCCCUCCAGGGCAUAAAAUUAUUAAUACACAAGGUAUCAUAACGUCAAAAGGAGUACUGACUCCUAUUUCAGGAACGAUUGCAAAGACUGCUCUAUUAGGAACGUUAUCUCAAGGAAUUUUAACGAAAGGUGGAAUAUAUACGCCAAUAAGUACUUCCUCUUUGGGUGGAAAAACUAUCAUUGGAUCGAAAGCUUUAGUCACAAAAGGCGCUACCAUUUUAUCUUCGCAGAAUCUAGGUACUUCCAAAGCUAUUUUAACUCCUAUCUCGCAAGCUAUCGGAAGCAGAACAAUUUUAAGUACUCAAGGCAUUGUAAGUACCAAAGCUACAGUUUUAACACCGAUAACAGGACAGCAAGUAAAAGCCAUUGCAGCAAAAAGUCCAUCAAAGGGCAACAAGAUACAGUAUCAAUCUGUACAACAAAAAAUGCAACUACCUAUGUUACAGAAGUCCCAAAAAGUCGCAAUGCCUUCUCAAGGGAAAUCUGGGCAAGUGAAAAGUGGAAGUAGUACAGUAAUGUUGCAAAAUGCUGUUCCUACGCAAAAGACUAUACAAGGUAAGAAAGUGAUUAAACAAACAGUUGUACAGCAAGGGUCUGGUAUUCAAGGAAUUACGUCGGCGAGUACCACUCAACAAGUAGCGGGUGUAAGUCCACAAAUUCAACAGAAAGGGAAAACUGUGCCUGCAUCGUCCAUACAGAAAGUCAUUAUUCCUCGUGGCAGUCGACAGACGAAAGCGCAGCAAAGGAUCGUUGUCCAGAAAGUACAAGAACCUACGAUCACGACUGUGCAAAAUAUUCAGUCGAAACAGACAAUUUCAGUACCGUUAACGAGCGUGUCGAACAUAUCUAAGACAACGGUUCACCAAAAGCAAGCAACUAAUAACGCUACAAGUACAAAAAUGACUACAAAAGGUCACGUAACAAAGAAUACUCAAGUACAGAAGAAUUUGUUGAAUGCUGCAGUGAAUUCGGUGACUACGACCAAUGUGAACACGAAUCUUUCUACCUCCUUGUCUCUUCCGCCGUUAGAACCUAUUGAAUCGGAAAGAAAAUCGAAAGUGGAGAACGUACUUGUUGAAUCUAUUCAGAAAGAACAAUCUAAGGUGGAAAAGAUUAACGUCGAGAAAGGCAGCGAAGUAGAGAAAGUGGAGGAGCCGAAAAUAGCGGCGCAACCACAGAUAAUGGCUCUGCCUACUGAAAGCAGCGACGGAACACAGACUUAUGUUCUGGUAACAAUCGAUGAACAAGGACAAAUACAGCCACUCGAUAACAACACACUUAUGUCAUUAGAGGGCACUACACAAAAUCCGGACGGCACAAGAACUUUGUACAUCGAUCCCAGUUCGUUAGGAGAAGCAGGCACGUUAGAUAAUAUUGUCUUACAGUUCGAUAACGGAGUUAUGCCAAAUAUACAAACCAGUGCCACAGAGACUACUCAAGCAAUUAUAUCAGAAAGUUUUCCUACUUCAGAAGUCAUGCAAACUUCGAAUCAAGAUAUCUUGGCUGCUGCUUUGGCAAAUUCAGAUUUCCAGCAAGAAAUUAGUUUGACAGAGAAUCCUGCAGGAAAUGUAAUGACUACUGGUUUAACACAAACAAGUUUGAUUAAUCAGACCAUUUUGCAGUCGACUAUCAUCCCUCCUACAGAACCGAUAUCUUCUCCCUCUGUACUUGAGACAUCACUGACUUUGAAUCAACCUAUAAUGACUCCUCUGGAAGUGCCUAGUAAUUUGCCAAUACAGUCGGAAACCACACCAACUUCUGCUGUGGCAACUAUACCGUCUUCUCUGGAACUACCAAUAACAAUCACUAAUCCAAAUAUUUCAUAUAUUUCGACAGGUGAAGCACAAAUUCAGAUUCCUGGAAACUCUAUGCCGGACAUUGGAGAAAUCAUAGAGAAUCCAAGCACCACAGAAAUUUCUCAAAUAGAGAUUCCUGCGAGCACACAAUAUUUAGUGUUACCGAAUUUGGAAGAUAAUAUUACUGUAGAGGCACAGAAUGUUCAAACUAACACUAUCUCGAUGCCCAGUGUCUCUUAUUCAGUUUCAAUACCAAAUAAUAUAGAGUUACAGACUUCACAAGUUCAGACUACACCGUCGAUGCCAAUAAUAGACGAUAGUUACGCAGAAAAUGUGCAAUUUACAACUAUAGAAUCGCCAAUAACGACGGAACAAACUUUUGUGGACGUAUCUGUUUCUGAAAUGCUUGUUUCGAAGCCACCUAUUUCUACGGAGGAUAUAAAAUCGCAGGACAUAACUGUGACAUCAGAGAUGAUAGCAUCUCACGAUAUUUCAGUAUCUUCUGAAGAAGUUAUCGUGUCAACGAACGAACCUUCUAUCCUGAGCGAAGAACAAGAUACAGCGAUGUCUCUGCAAGAGACGUUCGCUUCUGAAGAGGUUCCCUUUAAGUCCGAGGAAGAUGUUGUGAUGAAAGACGCAACAGUUAAAGAAGAUAGUAGUUCGAAAGUAAAAGAUAAUCAAACAGAAGUUAGUAACAAUAGUAGCACAAUAGAUGUACAAAUUGCGGAGCAGCCAGAUGAGUCGAUGACGAGUAACAUGUCGAUAAUCGACGACAGUUCUUUGGUUACAUCCGAGUCCAAUGUAAAAAUGUCUCCCGUAGAACCAGUAAGUUUCGACGUUUCUGAUUCCAACGAAAUAGACACGAACACUUCGCAAGAAUCAGAAAACUUGAAGAAGCUCGAACAAUUAAGCUUCGAUGAACAGUCCAGGAACAAAGUCCACUCUCCUGCAACCGAAGAACAAGCCGCCACGUCUAACGAAGUAGAAGUUGCUCAAGAAGUCGCAGAAAGUUUGCCUUCAGAAUCGUUGAAUCGAUUAGACGAGCAGAGCAUGGAAGUGGAUGAAGCUCCAGAAUCUAAAGUUUAUGCAGCGAGUACAAUGAAGGAAUCGGAAGACUGCCAAAGAGACGAACCGUCGUCUCAGGGAGAAUCGGAUUUAGUUGAGAGGAAUCUACAGUUAGACUUCGAGGAAACGAACGCAGAGACUAGUCAUGAAACUCCAUCGCAAUCGUACGAACAGUUCGGAAUAGCGGUAACUGAUUCCACUGAUCUACCUAGUCAGUCUGCCACAAAAUCUGAGAACUCGCGGGAGCCUUCGCAAUCGAUAACUUACGAGCCCAUGGAAACGGACGAAGAAGCGAUCGUAGCGGAACCACCUACCCAGUCGUUUGAACAUUCGAAGGUCAACGAAGCCUCUCAGUCCUACGAAACAUCCGCGGAGGCAAGUAUGAACGCGCCUACGCAGUCGUUUAACGAGCUCUUGCAAAGUCAAGAAGAUAGAACGACCGUCGAUGAAGUGAUCGACGACCAAACGUUCCCGACGCAGAGUUACGAAGUCGGUAAGCCAGAAAACGUCCCAGAAAAUUUAGAAACUGACGCUGAAAUUAGUCAAGAAGGAAACAUGCCGUCCCAAUCUAACGACAUUGGUACUGACGGUAUCGGAACUUCUUCGGUUUCUACGAAUAAUUCUGGACUCAACGAAGACGAAACCGCGAGUUCGUCCUAUGUACCCGAGACUCCUGAGAACCAGGAGAGGGAUCCUGAUCAGGAAAGCGCGAUAAGUACGUCGUCUUGUGAGAUACCACCCUGCGCAGAAUUAAACAUCGCAUCAUCCAGUGCGGAACACACGAGUAUCCAUGACAAUGGAGUACCUGAAAUUCCUACAUCUUCGUAUAAUUUAAAUCCAGACAUUACAUCGACUCACGUUGACUCUGUACCAACUUCUAGCUACGAAGAGCAGAAUGUAUCGACUUCUUACGAGGUGCCAAUUUCAAUGCCUGGCCUAGAAGAAACUCCUUCGCAGAACUUUGUUACUGAAAGUACGGAUCACAGAAACGAACCUUCCAGUUAUACCCACCAGGAAGUAACGGCGAGUUAUUACGACUCGGUGGAGCAAGAAACAAAUUCUAGGUUGGACGAAGAUCCACAGGAGGAGGUAACACCUAGUUAUUAUGACGGUAAUCCACACGAGGCAAGUCAGAGUUACUUUACUCCAGAAGAAGCCACACCGAGUUACUCGAGUCAUAAUGUUUCUCCCAGUUAUUACGACCACAGGCCAGAAACUGAAGCGAGUCAAAGUUAUUACUCUGGAAGCGACAUAGAAAAGACAGAGCAGUCGUCCUCGCAGAAUAUCGAGGCGUCGCAAAGCUUUUAUCAGGAACAGGCGGAUGAAUUGAAAUUAACGCAACAAGGAGAAGCUACUCCAACCUAUACGGAAAGAUAUCCUGUUGAUUAUACGUUGGAGAAUUCACCAAUGGAAAGGCACGAUCUUGUAGAAAGUUCAGUACCAGCCACCAGGCCUACAGAGAGGUAAUAUAUUAUGAUGGAUAAUAGCAUUAUGCUAUGAGGGGAAUCCUUGUUUUCAUAGACUAAUAGACACUACAGCCAUUAAUAGAUAAACUCGUCUAUUUUCAAGUGUACAUAUAAUGUUAAUAUAAUAAGUGAUUAGCUGUAAGGUUAAAAUUAGAUUCGUAUUAUAAUUUAUAUCUAUAAUAUAAAUAUCACUAAAUGUGUGUGAUAUAUACAUGUGGGUAUACAUAUAUAUACAUAUUGUUGCAAUAUAUUUGUGUGUGUAUAUAUGUAUACAUGUAUAUAUCAGUCAUGGAUGCAAUCCAUAAACUUUGAUAAGCAGUGUAAUUAUAAAUGAAGAGUACGGUUCAUUAUGAGAACAUUAUAAUCCUAUUAUAUUCAUCUUGUUUAACACUCUGAAACAAUGACGUUCAUAUAAUUUUUGUUCAUUGAACUGAUCACACUGAUGCUUCGGCAUUUGGUAAAUUCAUUGCAAUUAUACGUUUUUAAAUACAAAGUAUAUGCAAUAUGUAUAUUGUAAAAUUAUGGUAUGGGUGAUUGGAGUAGUGGUAAAAGCUGCAAGUCAAUGUGUUUCAUCAUGUAAUGGUUGCAGCAAAAAUAUGUACACAUUAUCAAUUAUUUCUCAGUUGAAUGGGUAAACAUAAAAUCAUUGUAGAAUAAUUGUACAUUAUCAUGAUUUCUUAUUACAAAUAAUUAAGAGCUGAACUAAAAAGGUCAUAUAGAACUUGGCUACUACUCUUUACUAAAAAGUCGUGGUGAACGAUUUUUAAAUGAUUGUAUAAAAAUAAAUGCACAAUAUAUCUUCAAUAAGGUACUAUUAACAUACGACCUGAAACAUUUGUAAAAUUCUGGUGAAAACUAUUUGGGCUAUUCGAGGACUUAAUUUUUCAGAGAAAGAUUUUUGUUUUUUUUUUUUUCGCUCAUGAGCUACCUGCUGAUUGAAAUUUUUGAUGUUAUAGUCACAGGUAUAAAUGGUUGAGCGGAUCAAAGCUUGAGUUAUUACAUACAUAGUGUUUAUUUUGUAAGUAAUAGUUUACAUUUAUGAGAAAUAAAGAAGUCUAUUAUUUCAACUAUAAUGAUGUGUAAUUUGUGUGCUUAUAAAUUGUAAAGGAUAGAAAAGUUUAAUGGGAAAUCUGUCAUGUUUGAAAUAUAUUUAUAUUCACAGGAAAAUAAUUUUAAAGAAGACAUCCGUGCAAUUGAUAGGGAUGUAUCAUCCAUAAAUGAAUUAACUUGUUUCUGUGAAAUAUGUAUUUUGCAUCGUACAUAUAAUGUAUGAGUGAAAUAAGCAUUCUUAUGCUGUUUUUCUUUUUAAUAAAAUUUUGAAACAAAUAACUGUUUUAAAUAAUUUUUUAAAUUCCAAACAAGACAGAUUUAUUAAUAUAUUCUAGUAGAAAUGGUUAUAUUACAUUCUUUAUAAGCUCAUGUUAUUAAGAAUAAAUUUGUUUUUAUUUCUUGUGGCGUUUUUAAUUACGAUCAAGGAUGUAUAUAUUAUGUUAUUAUUUGAAAAAUGAAAUUAUUGAUAGGCACAUGUCACGAUUAAAAAAAUGAUAAAUUUGGUAGAAUUUUUUGGAUGAAUUUUAACCAGAUAAAUUUUUAAAGAUGGACUGAAUUGUUAAUAUUGUUCAACUAAUCUUUGGAUUCAAUUAAUAUAAACGUGUACAUAUAUCUUCCACUUUAAGGAGUUAUAUUAUAAAAAUUUCUGUACCUAUAAAUAGUAUGUAAUACUCUGAAAUGGGGAAAAAUAUGAUUACAUUUUCUAUUAAAACUUUGUAGUACAAUCGUAAGUUGGUAUAUAUGUAUUGCUUUAUUGAGGUAAUCAAAUCUAAAUAAGUGACAUAAAGUGAUAUCAAUUAAAAUAGCAGUACUGUGUUCUUACAUCAAUAACAAUUUGAUAUUUUCAUCACUAACAAUAUUAUCUUUUUAUUUCUACAGUGUGCACGACAUACACGAUUGUAACUAAGAGAUAAAAUAAAUACAUGAAUAUUUACAUAAAUUA